AUUACUUAACACAUCACACUCAUUAUCACCUAACUCUAUUCCUUUCUUCAUUUCAUCUUAACUACUCUCUCCUUCCUUCAAAGAUCAUUCAAAUGUCUGCUGGAACAUUUACAACUUCAGUUACUGGGCCUAGCUUCGUGGGCUUGAAAUCCAACUCAUCAAAUCUUUGGCCCAAUGCUUCUUCCAUUGAUUGGAAAAAGAAGACCGUUUCCAAUGGUUCUAGAGUCCACUGCAUGAAGACAUGGAAUCCCAUCAAUAAUAGGAAAUUUGAAACACUUUCCUACCUACCUCCACUUACUGAUGAAUCCAUUGCAAAAGAGAUUGACUACAUGCUCAAGAAAGGAUGGACCCCUUGCCUUGAAUUUGAUGAGGUGGGGUGUAUUCAUAGAGCAAAUAGCCAGAUGCCAGGAUACUAUGAUGGAAGAUAUUGGACAUUAUGGAAGCUACCUAUGUUUGGUUGUGUGGAUUCUUCACAAGUGAUUAAUGAGAUUCAUGAAUGCAAGAAGACAUUUCCAAAUGCAUAUAUAAGAUGUUUAGCAUUUGACAACAAACGUCACAUGCAAUCCAUGGCUUUUCUUGCUCACAAACCGACUACUACUACUUAAAGCUAUUUUGUUCUUACUGUUUCGUUUCAAAUCCUUGUUUGUUGAAAUUCUCAAACUUUUCUUCUAUGUACUUGUUUUCUCUGUUUUGAUCUUGUUCUGAUGUUAUGAGACUCAUUUAUUGGUUAAAAUGGAUUUGGUUACAUC